AUGAACAGUGAAAAUUUCUGGACGAGUGAUAUAGCACAGGAAGGCAACGAUUCGCGAUCAUUACAGAAACAUUCGAAUUUGGACUCUUCAAGUAUUCGUUAUUCAAAAAAGCGUUCAAGUUUCACAAAACAUUAUGUAUCAACUGAAACGAAUAGUAGUUCUUUUUCCAAGCGUGCUAACGAAAGACGUGUCAACGCUUUAACUAAUGGUUUCAUGGACAAAGGUAUGGUAGCUGCUGGAACAUGUGUUUCACGUAUGACAUCACUCCAGAGCAGCUCAGGGGUUGAUAAUGAUGCACCAGCGCAGACCAUUUCUGGGCGGCGGUCAUUGCUAAGACAUAUAUUUCGCUCAGAAAGUUCAUCCAAUGCUAUAACUGGCGGUGGGAAUGGUAUUACCAACGGUAAUAACAAAAAGAAUUCUGGAACUGAACAUGAAAUGAUGAAAUUGGCUCAAUGCCGUGCUUUCACUCCUUUGGAAGAACGGCAAAUCACUUCAAGUCAGUCAGCUUUUGCACUCUCAUCGACGUCAUCACUAUCAACACAGCAUGAUGCGGAUUCUUUACAGUCAUAUAGCGCUGAACGAUCUACUGAUUGCUUAUUUUUGAAACGGAAUUGGUUUCCUGGACAGCAUCAACAUUCAGCCCUUCGUACCUUUAAACCAGGUCAUUCUACCAACAGUAUUGUUACUCAAGAGGAAGUGCAAAAAUUAAGUAGUUCGAAUUCGUAUUUUACUGUAAAUCCGAAACCAGCUAUAAAACCGAAACCAUUGGCACUGAGGCGUGAACGGAGCGAUUUGACGACUGGAUAUGUGCCACGUAUCGCUACUCACAACAUGGAGCAUAAUGCUGAUGGUAGCGGUAGUGAUGUUAGUGUUCGAUGUGCUCUAAUGCCACCAUCCACAUGCCUUGAUGAAAAUACCUUGCGUAAAUGUUUGGAGGAAUUGAACAGGAAAAGACAAGAAUCAGGAGCUGAAGCUUCCGAAGCUAACUCCAAACCUCGUCAGCAGCAGCAAUCCCAACGAAAUCAUCAUAAGGAAACAAAUAAAAUUGAGUGCGACAACGUUAAUGUCGUUUUAAGGACACGCUCCAGUGAUAGAACUGAUCAGCGUCGUUUGUCGGUUCCCGAUUUGGCAGAUUUGGCGCAUAACUCAUUAGCAAAUGGUGUUACGGGAGUUGUAGCCACGGCAAAGGCUUUAACUUCGAAACUUGGUCGAAACCCGAGAACUGGAGAAUUACAGACGAUAAAUGAAGGAUUAGUUACACCCGUGGUACGACGCAAGCAGUACAUCAAAGAUAUGCACGCGAAUAAUACAACAAACGACUGGUCUGAUGGAAGUUUACUUCAAAAACCAUCACUAACUCACAAAAAAAUGACAAAGCAAAUUGAGCAGGAGCAUUUAAAACGUGAAAGUUGUGAUGGUGCAGAACAUAUCUUCACCAGAAAUUUUGCGGAAUGUCCUUGUUGCCCUAACAAGGGAACCGAAAUUCAGGAAGAGAGUUAUUCUGUCAUUAUUCACACUGGUUUGCUUAGUCAUACUGGUGAAAUUGCUUUUGUUGGACAGACGAGCUGUGCGGAUGUGUCAAUUAUUGCUCAUGCAGAUGACAUUUCUACUACACUGAAUUCGGCAUUGACAGUGUUCGCGCUUAGACAUGAACCUUAUUUAUGUUUAUGCGUGCAUAUUCCUGCAAACUUAUUUUCAAAUUGA